CAACAAACUGCACCACCUGUUCAUGACUGUCAGAGUCGGACAGCAGCUAAAGCAAGGGCGACUCAGAGCAGCAUGAUUUGGUUGGACUCAUUUUCAGCCGCUAGACUCCCAGAUGACAGAUAAAAAACUAACGUGUGAUCACCAAGACCCUGAGCAGAAUAAAGACACAGAGGAAGAGGGGAAAAGCACAUGUACGACAGAGGAUUUAAAAGGAAGGAUCCCGACUCUGCAGGAGCUGGAGCAGGUUUUAUAUUCAGCUCCACGCUCCUGUCGACAUGGAGACGAAGUGUGGCCAAACUUGUACCUUGGAGACAUGUGAGUAUUUUGUGCCUUAUUUGUGUAAAUAAACAGUUUGCGUGUGAUAUACAUAUAAAUAACUUGUUUUAUUUGUGUCAGGUUCAUGUCUCAUGAUAAACUGGGACUCUGGCAGCUGGGCAUCACUCACGUUCUGAACGCAGCCCACGGAAAACUGUGCUGUAAGGGCAGUGACGAUUUUUACGGCACCACUGUGAAAUACUUGGGAGUCCCAGCCAAUGACCUGCCAACUUUUGACCUUUCACCUUUCUUCUACCCUGCUGCUGAGUUCAUUCACCAGGCUUUGACAUCAGGAGGUAACAUCAGCAGACAUACAUUUUACAGCUGAUAAAAAAAACAACUUUAAUUUUCACCUUCUUUGUUGUGAUCUCCAGGAAAAGUAUUUGUGCACUGUGCUGUGGGUGUGAGUCGCUCGGCUGCGUUGGUCUUGGCAUAUCUGAUGAUUCAUCACGACCUCAGUCUUCUUUCAUCAGUCCACUAUGUGCAGCAGAAACGCUGGAUUUUCCCAAACAGAGGCUUCCUGCGACAGCUUAUAGCCCUGGACCGAAAACUGCAGCAUGGAGGGUCAAACGAAGUCAAAGACAAUGAGGAGAAACUUUAAGCUUGUCUGUCUUUCCACAAAGGCUGGAGACCUUGGAAGAGGCAAAUUAGCCAACUGACAUUUGAAAAAUGUACAGAACAGAGCUGUGUGCAAGUACAUGCAAGCUGUGUGCCUUGCACUUAAACAACAAGGUGAUGCAAUAAGUAAUUACACAAUGGGACACAAUGACCCACUGAGGUACAAUGUGUAAGUACAAAGGUACUGUGAUGGUUGUACUUCUUAUAAGUGCUUUGCAGAGUUGCAGUCAGAGG